AUCGUCUUUGACCAACUGCUCAAAACGUCUCGUGACUUUGUCGUCAACGUUACCCCUGUGGAGGAGACGUGGCUCCGGGAAAUGAUUUCAACAGGAGCUCUCAAGUAUGACUUGGAGAACCUAUUGUCGACUGUGUUGACCGAAAUGGCAUUGCCAUGCAGUCCAGAACUUAUGAAAUUGACGUUUGGAGGUUACGGAAGAAAAAAAGUUGAUCAAAUUGAGAACAAAGUUUCGAAGUCAUGCGAUGACAGCUUGGUUGUGUUAGAGGAGGACAAAAAGUGGGGACAAAUAAAAAUCUUCGUUCCUCCAAGGUACACAGUGAAAGCUCUGUCAAUGAUGGGAAGUAUCAUGGAGGAAAGCAGAAAGAUACUGAGGAGUGAGGAAAGAGAAGAGCCACUGAGGGAAGAGUCCCCAGGAAGUAGAAUGGUUUGGGGACAAGGCGGUGAAAUACGGGAGUUGCUGAUGCUGGACAUGUACAGGACUGUCACAGUUGGUGAGAUAGAAGAUGGCUACUCAGCGGCUGUUUUAGACCACCUUGGAUCCUUCGGAGACAUAGUGAAACAUAGUUUUAGGGAGCAGAACGGCAAGAUGCGAGUCUUUGUGACUUUUAGGGAUUCACAGGAUGCGCUUAUGGCAGUGAACAGCCCUUCCAAUUCCUGUUUAGAUAUCAACAUAAAAGUCCAGCCGAGUAACUCGACAGGCGAUGGUAACCAAACACGUUUUUCUCAGUUUAAAGUGAAAGUUAAGUGGCUCAGACGUCCAGGCAAAGGCACAGGAUCAGUACAAUUCGUCAAUGGCGAAGACUUCUUUUACACGCUCGGAAGAAUACCCUCGCUGAUUAUUAAAUCCAAAAGGGUGAUAUUUAAAGCCGACAAAAUUCACAAUCAACAGAUAUUCAUGAGAGGACUCCACCCUGAAACAUCAGAGGAGGAUGUGAUAUCUGCUAUCGAAGAGAAGCUUCCCACAGUAAAAGUGAUGAAAGUUUUCAUCCACCGAAUAGCAGAGUUUGAAACAGCGGAUGAGACUCUUGUAGUACAGAAGACUUUCUUAGAAGAAAGUCUCAGCGGCUUUGCCGUACAAGGUGAUUUCUCAGUCUACGUAGGAAAACCUUCCACGAAAUCUUUUGAGGGAUACGCCAACCUGACGUUCCAAAACCCCGAGGAGGGUGAAGCCGCCAUAAGAGGUCUUAAUGGAAUGAACAUCCCAGGCAUUGGUGUGGUAACCCUGCAUCCCAACCUUUCAACUGUGUUGUCAUGUGCCAGAAAUGUUUACGCAGUCAUAGAGGAUGAGUUCAAAGAAACUAUCAGCGAGUUGGAAUCAACCUUUGAAGCAAGUUUGAUCAUUAAGGUAAAAAAAAAACUCACAGAUCAGCGUGUUUGGAUAGAAAUUCAAAGUAAGUCUACGAAACACUUCAUAUCUGCUACCACUGUUCUCACCGAAAUUUUCAAUGGGGAUAAAAUUGACUGCAAGAUUUCUAAAGACCUGGAGAUUCUUUUGACUAACUCAGCGAAAGACGUUCUUCGAACAAUUCAGAAAGACACUGGAACUGUAAUCAGUCAAGAUUGGAAGAACCGGGCUGUUAGAAUUCAUGGACCCGAAGCCAACCGAGAAUCAGCAAAACGAGCUAUAAACAAGUUUCUCGAUGAUUCCAUCACUGGCAAUCGCCACUCUUGGCAGAUUCAACUUCGAGGACCAAACAAGCCCCGCGGACUGCUGAAAGCUCUGUUUAAAAGGUUUGGCGCCAAUCUUCAAGGAUUACGAGACAUUAAGGGUGUCCAGAAGAUCCAUGUUGAAUUUAGAAACCACGUACUCAAGAUAGAGAGUUCAGAUGAGGCUGAAGAACUAAUCAACAGCUCUGUGGAGGAAUGCUGCAAAAAUCUUUCCCAAGAAUUGUUUCCUUUGCAACAAGACCAUCGAACACAGUUAAUCUGUGGUAUAUGCCUAUGCGACUUGGAUUCUACAGCAGAUGUAUACAGACUUGCCUGCUGCGGUCACGCGUACGACAAGAGCUGUGUUAUACAACAACUCAAAUCUCCAGACUUUCCGUUGAAGUGUGUCGUGGAACAGUGUGGAGAGCGUCUUGUAUGGAAGGAUUUGCAAAACUUGUUGAAUGACCGCGAAAGGAAGAGGCUCGCUUUGACCGCUCUAGAUGAGUAUGUCAAAAGAAAUCCUGAAAUUGUGAAGUACUGUCCAACGGCGAACUGUGGCAUGGUAUACCGCGUCUCAACUAAUGGGAGAUCCUUCACCUGUGAUGCAUGUCUGGCUCAGACCUGCACAUCUUGUCACGUGCAAUGGCACGAUGGGCUCACUUGCGCCAUGUUCAAAUCAGAGAGACAAGUAGAGGGACGUCUCGUGGAGUGGAUGAUGAAGGACCCAAGCAAUAGAAAGAAAUGUCCUAAAUGCAAGACACCGAUUGAGAAGAAUCAGGGAUGUAAUCACAUGGAGUGCUCACAGUGUAGAAGCCACAUGUGUUGGCUGUGCCUGCAGGUGUUUCCAACCGGGAACGAUGUGUACGAUCAUCAACGACACUGUCCCAAUAAGACUGCAGCAUGAGUUCAAUACUGCCUGUAGAGACAUACCCUCAAUAAUAAAAGUCAUAGGUUGAUGUGCUAAUGUAACUAAUGUUUUGAACUUUGUCCGUUGAGGACAAUAGUUUAGAUGGCUUUUAAAUUUCCGAAGCAUAGCGAAAAUGGACAAGUUUCGAUUAACAGGAAGGGUAAAGUAGAAAAUGACACUUAAGUAACUAACGUGUAAGCAAAUGAGUUAAGAAUGUUUGAAGAUUUUAAUAAUCCUGCCAUCAAAACCCGUCUGACCAAAAAAACCUGUCUAUGUUUUUUUGAGAGCGAUGUAGCUCACUGUACCCACAAUGUUUAGGUAGCAUCCCACUUAGUGCUUUUCCCUCAAUAAAGUGCAGCUUUAUUGUUUACCUUUAAAUUUCAAGUUGUUGAUAACUAAAAUGGUUUCCUCGUCAAGCUCUUUUUUCCCUUAAAGUACAACUGAUUUACUAUCGCUAUUAGCUGGAUGAAUUGCAACCAAGCAAAAAUUAUCAGCGUCAUAUGAAUACAUUUUGUAAACAGACGUUUUCAGUAACACAAAUAUUCGUCUAGAUAUAUGCAGGUAAUUUUAUCGGUCUUGUACCCACCAUGACAAUUAAAUAAAAACUUUGUCAAGAAGGU